CAUCAACUGUUGAAUAAUCAAAUCAUAUUGACCUUGAUCCGUCCGCGCAUGGUUGCCGAUAUCUCGGAAGUGAUCCCCCAUGAAUGAGACGCUGAUGGAAGACGACCCCGGGCAGACGGGCCCAGAGCCGGGACCAAGACCGCCGCCAAGCCGUCCCCGACGCGGACACGGCGUCAGCGUCGGCCUACGCACCUCUACAGCAUGCCUCAUGUGCCGUGACAAGAAGGUCAAGUGCUCCGGCACGCGGCCUUGCGUCUACUGCGUCAAACGCGGCCUGGACUGUGUUUUUACUCGGCCGUCCAGGCGGAGACUUUAUUCAGUCACCCACAUACGCAACCUGGAGGAGAGAGUGGCACAUUAUGAGAAUCGUGACGGACCAGGAGGCUCUGAGCAGUCUCCCUCUGCACACAGCUUGCCAUCUCCUGGAGUUCAGAGACCGCCUUCAUUAUCAGGAAGCCAUGCAGAAGGCAAUGCUUCACAUGAUGGCCAAGAUACGCAGCAGCAACAGCAACAGCAACAACCGUCGCUAGCUCCUCAAUCUCCACCUCAUGAGGACCUCAGACCGACAGUGACAUCCAGCCCAAAGCCAAACCCGGGACCGAGAGCUCUUGCGCCUGGGACGUCUCUCUCUUCGAGCGACACAUUUAGCUCUGAGCUGAGGACCCUCUUGACUGAGCGAUCCCGUCCAAACCCAGGUCCGGUCUCCGCUCGGCCUGCUGAUGCUACGCCACGGUCUAUGUGCCAGAGCCGGCUAGGUGCGGACAAGAUCAAGUACUGGCCCACAGAAGAAGACGCAUACAGCAUGCUGAACAUUGUUGUCCUGAACGUGGGUAUAUCACAGCACCUUUUCGACGUUAGAACCUUUUCGGAUAAUUUAUUCUCCCUCUUCAACGAUGACGCCGUUGACACUGGAGUGACCGAGCUAUGGUAUGCUGAGUGUCUCCUGGUCUUUGCAAUCGGGAGGCUUCUUCAAGCCAAGUGGGAUGAUAUGUCCAAACCACCAGGUGAUGAGUUUUUUCAGGAGGCGCUCAAGCGUAUGCCCGAUCUGAGCAGCCUGCGAGAGCAAGGAGUCCUGGGCAUCGAACUCAUGGGGCUGUCGGCUCUCUACCUGCAAAUCGCAGACCGAAAAGAGGAUGCUUAUCUCUACGCGAGCACAGCCCUGCGCUUGUCGUUAGGUCUCUCUCUCCACAAGUCUGGAUCUUACCGAAGUCACAGGCGUUCGGAAGCUGUGCAUCGAAACCGGCUCUGGUGGUCCAUCUACAUGCAGGAACGAAGACUUGCUGCUGCUGUAGGCUUCCCCAUGUCCAUUUCAGACGCGGAAAUCACUGCAACCCAGCCCGCGGACCAAAUCGGAUACCAAUCCGCUGCUGCCAUCGCAGUUAAUGCAAAGCUGGCUCAGAUCACCGGCCGUAUCACCACCACCAUCUACUCGCAAAACAAUGAGCAGGAGGCCAUUUUCAUCAAGGAAGUACAGGACAUCCUACACUCACUCCGCAAGAUCGAAAAUGAGAUGCCAGUUGAAAUUGCAGGUGGAUCAAAUCCUGCCGAGCUCAUACUCAACGAGGCACCGUUGUCCAGCUCACAAUUGUCGUCGGCGAGGACAAUCGCAUCCCUCCAUUUGACAGUCAAUCAGAACAUCAUAUACGCAGUGCGACCGAUCCUCUUGUAUAUGGCUCGUAGCAGCUUCAGCGGAGGAAACAACUUGUACACAUCCAUGAGUCCCGCUCUUCGCCGGCUUGCAGAUACAUGCGUUGAAGCAGCCCGCAAGAGCUUGGUCAUUCUCCAUGGUUUAUGUAAACAAGACAUUAUUGCCAAGCAUGCUUUCCUUGAUCUCGACUGUCUUUUCUCCACCGGGUUUAUUUUCGUUCUCGCGGUAAUAAUCAACUCUGAUAAAGCCCAGGCCUAUCGAGGCAUUGAGAGCGUCCGGAGCAUCCUCAUGCAUCUCUCCAACCUGGGCAAUCGAGCGGCUACGAAGCGUCUGGCCGAGAUCGAUCAGAUGUGCGCCAGCCUGACUCUUGAGACAGAGACGCCAGAUGUCGACGCGGUACAACCACAAAUGCUUAUGCAACCUUUUUCUUUUCAUGCGUUGGGGGCAGCGCCCAUGGCAUCAGGUGAGCCGCAAGGUCAAAACCUGACCACUGAGAAUGCCCUUGGAGAGCAAGAUGCCGUGAUGGCUGGGGCACAAGACCUUGGGGACAUUGUGCUCGAGGGCGAAGAUGAUUUAUACUGGAUCUAUCACAAUCCGUCACUCUCACUGACUGGUGUAGAACAACUAGAUUGGGAAACUUUGGAAAAUCACAUGGUGUAAUUCUUUCAGGUUAAUCUACCGUCCGCAUUUCCUUUACAGAGCUCAGCCGCUGUCUAUCAUUCUGAAAUCACCCCCUUCAUACAUAUUGUGCCCUCCCUUUCAACUAGAAUCUCGAUAUUUCCCCUGGACUGCUCGGCAGGACUAGUCUUAACAGCAUAACGCUCGCCCGAGUAUAGAGGUGACAGUGCUCUGUAUGCAAUCUCACUUGGUCCUGCACCAUCGGAGACAGCGUGAACGUCACGCCAGUAGUCAAGCAAGUUGAUCAGGUUAAGCGGACCGUGCACGACAAGGCCACGAUGGUUCUCAACUCCUUGACUCCAGGCCGCAUCAUAGUGUAUUCUAUGCGCGUUGAACGUCAGCGCCGAGAAGCGGAAGAGAGAUAUAGGAGACCACGUCAUCUGGCGCUCUGGGUACCCUAAAAAAACAUUAGCGAGAGCCUCGCCCGGCGAUGCAAUGGAAAACAUAC